AUGGAGUUCGUCACCGCCCUCCGCGGCUCCUUCGACCCAGGCAAACCCUCCCUCUUCGAGCUCCUCUCAGAACAACAACUCUCCUCCCUCCUCCCCCCAACCCUCCGCUACCUCCUCACCCUCCUCACCCACCGCUACCCCCGCCACCUCCUCCGCGCCCUCAACUCCUUCGACGAGCUCUACGCUCUCCUCUCCCUCCUGAUAGAGCGCCACUACCUCCUCACCCGCCAGGGCUCCUUCACCGAGAACUUCUACGGCCUCAAACGCGAGCGCGCCCUCACCUCCGAAAUCCCCCGCGCCUCCACCCACGCCCCCCAAAUCGUGCGGGAAGCCCUAGCCCUCAGAACAAAAGACGUCUACAAGAACCUCUUCGUCAUAGUCCUCAUCCCCUACCUCAAAAGAAAACUAGAUGAAGCCCACGAGGUCGACGCCCCCAGGGCCUUGCUCGGAGCAGCCUACAACGCCCCCCCAUCACCCAGCGCUCCCCUCAAGGAAAAACUGGGUUAUUACUACAAAAUCUUCCUCAGGAAAAUCUACCCGACAAUCAACAUGACCUACCACCUCUCCAUCCUCGCCUUCUCCCUGGGGUACCUCUUUGACAACACGAAAUACUCCUCCCCCUUCCUGUGGCUCAUCGGCACAAGAAUCCGCCGUAUGGGACCGGCAGAUUACAAGGCGAUAGAGGAGUGGGAGAAGGUUCUCCCCGCGGAUGGGACCAGAUCGAGGUCAAUCUUCCAGAGACUGCUCUCCUCCCUUUCCUUGGUGCUACCGACUAGUAUCUUUGCGCUCAAGUUUCUGGAGUGGUGGUACUCGUCGGAUUUUGCAAAGCAGCUCUCUAGGAAGGCGGCCGAGUCGCUCCAGCUUCCACCGCCGGGGAUGACCACCACGCCCAAAUCUGUCUCCCCAAAGAAACAGCCGCCUCCCUCCCUCUCUGAGCUGUCCGACAUCCCCCCAGCAGAGGAAGAGUUGCUCGAACAACUCGCCUCCUCUGCCCCCGUCGCGUCGUCGUCUCUCUUGCCUAUUUUCACCGUUGCUGCCAUCCCAAGAGAGGAAGAUGACGAUGGUGAGGAGGACAAAAAGCGGCAGGAGGAAGAUAGCAGUCUGUGUCCGAUCUGCCAGGAAGAAAUCACCACGCCGACCGCGUGCCAGACGGGGAUUGUUUACUGUUACGGCUGCAUUCACAAGUGGAUCUCUGGUGCGAAUCCGCAUCAGGAGAGGUUUAUGGAGAGGGUUGAGAAAGCACUUGGAGGGAGCAGCAGGAAGUGGGAGAGCGGGGAGGGGAGGUGCGCUGUUACGGGGAGGAGGGUGUUGGGUGGGGUGGAGGGGUUGAGAAGGGUUAUGGUAUAA